AUGACACAGCCCGGCAAACCGGCCGCCGGGGUGCUCCAGAUCCCCGCGGCGGCGACCCAGAAAGCCGGCGCACCAGCAAAGAAAGCUCCGAAGCCUCCGACACCGCGCCUGAAACUGCUGAUCCGUCGCUUGCCUCCGGGGCUCACGCAAGCGGAACUCGAAACCACCCUUGGGCAAGACUGGAAAGUCGGUGGAGGGAAGGUGGAUUGGCUGCAGUACAAGCCUGGCAAAGUGUCGAAAGAUCCUGCCAAACCGUCCCGUCCAUCCAGAGCCUACAUUCACGUCACUUCCAACGAACACAUCGCCCUACUGUCCGACCUGGUGCGCCAGACUUCAUUCCAAGAUGCUCGCAACACGACACAUGAUCCAGUGCUAUUGGGACCUCCGUCGUUAGAGUUCUCCCCCUAUGCGAAGACACCUGGAAGCCGCGUGCGCAAGGAUGCUCGCCAGGGCACGAUUGACCAAGAUCCCGACUUCAUUGCCUUCCUCGAAAGCUUGACACAGCCACUCACCAAGCCGGCCCUGGUGGAUUCGGCCGACCACGAUGACAAGAAGGAGACAGUGAUGACCACGCCUCUUGUGCAAUAUAUCAAGGAUAAAAAAGCGAGCAAGGCAAAGGACGGCUCCUCCUCGAAGUCAUCGAAACGAGCAGACAAGGAGUCCAAGCAGGAAAAGGUCCAGGCUAAGAAGCUCCUACAGCGACCUGAUAAAGAAGCUGCAGCCAAUUCAUCCGACCGAAAGACCAAGGGCGAUAAGCCGAGCAAGGAAUCCAGCAAGUCCGCCAAGCAGGCUGCAGCUGCUACAAAGACCGGAAAACAAAGCGCCUCCAACGCUUCCAAGGAGGCCUCCACUUCCGCUACGGAGAGAAAAAAGGAACGAGGCAAUGCCACCACCGCCACCAAAAUCUUACAACGCGAUCUUGGACUGUCACCUUCGCCUUCACCAUCCGGAGGCCGACGACGUGGUAAGGGCGGCUCCACCGAGACAGGAUCACCCAAGACCGAGGCCUCGCGGGAUUCCUCAGUGAUCGCAGCAGAGGGCAAGAAAGAGACUACUUCCAAGCCUCCCAAAGGUACACCAACAACAUCCAACUCAAGCAAGGCAAAGGGCCCCGAGUCCAAGACAUCAGAUGCUGCCGUGUCGACGACCAGCAAUACACUCUCAACCAAACCACCCAAAGCGGCCAAAAACAAGCCGGCGCCUCCCUCGAGACCGACCCUGGGGUCCACUCAGGCCUUCCUCAAGCACGCCAAUCCUUCUCAGGGUGUGACCGAAGCACUUUUGACCGCAGCGUUCACUCCAUUCGGCGCGUUGGCCAAGGUGGAAAUGGACAAGAAGAAAGGAUUUGGGUAUUUGGACUUUGUCGAGUCCGAGAGUCUCCAGAAAGCCAUGGCUGCCAGUCCGGUCGCUGUCGCGCAGAGUCAGGUUGUGGUUCUCGAGCGCAAGGCGAACCCUGGAGGCGAGAAGGCUCGGAAGGCUCGAGGCGACUCGCAGCAACCCCAGGACGGCAAGGACGGCAAGGCGAAGACUGGCGAGAGCAAUGUCGCCGGAUGUGGGACCGGGACCAGCACAGGGACAUCGGGAUCUUCUCGUGGGUCUCGUGGAGGGCGUGGAGGGCGCAAAGGCAAGGGCGAAGGAGAAAAAGGUGAAGGGCCAAAGGGUGCAGGUGCAGGGGCAGGUGCAUCAGAGACGACGAGCAGUGAAGCUAAAUAA